CCUCUAAUUCCUACCAAACUUAACCGUCCAUCAUCACCGCCUCCUGAUUCUUACACACAAGACCUUCUCUCCUCUCGUCUUGACCAUUCCAGGCAGCCCAAACUUCCAGAGACACUAAAUGGCUUCAAGUAGGAUUUGCAUGGGCCUAGCCCUAGUCUUGGUCCUCGUGGGCAUGCUAUAUAGUGGAGCCAUGGCCCAAUCGGGCUGCAGCAAUGCACUCACUAGCAUGGCCUCAUGCCUCAACUAUGUUACAGGAAAUUCAACGACCCCAUCAUCUACUUGCUGCUCUCAGCUAGCCAAUGUCGUCCAAUCGUCACCACAAUGCCUUUGCUCGCUGCUCAAUAACAAUGGCCCUUCGCUGGGUAUCACCAUCAACCAAACUCUGGCUCUGUCUCUCCCUGGUGCUUGCAAAGUGCAAACUCCACCAAUCAGCCAGUGCAAAGCUGCCACCGCGCCCACGACUUCAGCAGCUCCACCAACAACUUUAGCAACUCCACCAACCACUUCACCGAUUCCACCAGCCACUUCUCCAGCAGAUUCAUCCAAUGAUACACCUGAGCCUGCACUAACUCCAUCAGCAUCGGAGGUUCCUUCUUCUUCGGGAACUGGAUCAAAAACAGUCCCAUCAACAGAAGGAACAUCUGAUGGAAGCAUCAUCAAAGCACCCCUUCCUUUCAUGCUCUUCGUUUUCUUCAUUAUGUGGUGUGGUUCAACUGUCACCAAAUUCUGAACCUGAAUAUUGCAGAGCGAUUUGUGGCGUGCUGUAUGUAGCGUUGAUUAUCACUCUUCUAUCCUAUUUUGUUCUAGUCUGUUAGAGAUGAUUCUUGAUUCUAUUGUCAGGAGUGUGAUUGUAUCAGUUGUUUGGUUUGCUUAAUGAUAAAUAAAUUAAAGAUUUUGUUA